AGAGCAAUGAAUGAAUCAGCGGCCGUCAAUUUCUCAGCAGCAGAGCUGCAUUUCGUUUCUCUGGUGGUGUAUUGUAUCGUUUGUUCAAUCCCUCGAUUUACGAGAAACGGAGGAGCUCUUCGUGACAGAUCAAAGCUCAUGAACCAAAUCAGCCGACGCCGCCGUCUCGAGACUUCUCCUCAUAGAUGAAUCGGAGCGAUCAUACUGCGAGUAAGACCAAUAAUGUCUAAACUUAUCAUGAUAAAAUAACAAAAGUGAAACUGAUGUGCCAUAGAUGGAGGCACGCUUUUCAAUGCAUCUUUACCGGACUUGAAUAUUUGCACUGGAUCAGUGGUGAAGCUUGUCAUGUUUGAGUUAGAAAUUAAACACUGCCCAACAAUUAUUUACAGGCCAAUUCGGCCAUCUGAUCUGCAAGUUCUUGAGCUGAUCCAUGCUUCUUUAUUUCCCGUAAGGUAUGACAUAGACUUCUUCCUCAAUGUUGUCAAUGGGCUAGGCAUUGUCUCUUGGGGUGCUGUUGACGUUAGCCGGUCUGAUGGUCACAUUGACGAGCUUAUUGGAUUUGUAACUACACGCAUCAACGCAGUAAAAGAAAGUGAGAUUCAGAAUUUACUAAGAUAUGACACUACUAGGAACGAUCAAACUUUAGUCUAUAUCUUGACACUUGGUGUGGUAGAACAAUACAGGAACCUUGGCAUAGCUUCUUCACUUGUUCGGGAGGUUAUAAAAUAUGCUUCAAGCAUUUCUAGCUGCAGAGCAGUCUAUUUGCAUGUUAUUGCUUACAAUCUACCAGCCAUCCAUUUCUACCAGAAGAUGCUAUUUAAGCUUGUAAGAAGGUUGUCAAAGUUCUACUAUAUUAAUGGAUAUCAUUACGACGCAUUCCUGUUUGUGUACUAUGUUAAUGGUGGCCAGUCUCCUUGCUCAAUGCGGGAAGUUUUAGCAGCAGUUGCUGCAUACUUGAGGGGACUACUGAGCAUCCUGGCUGGAAAGAUUUGGAACGGUGAUUGCAAGAAAAGGUCAAGAUGGUCCAGGUGUAAAGAAACCAAUAGCCAUUUAGUCGCACAGAAUAAGCGAAUCCCCUACAGUGAUACUGCCAUCUGCUAAAUUGCUUAGAAUCUUGCUGAAAAAAUGAAAAAGAUCACUUCAAUGCAGGAAGCUGAGACAUUCGCACUGCAUGAAACUAUUGAAUUGUGUGUUCCAGUGCCUAAGGAGAAAUUAUUCUGUGCGGACACCAGACCGUCUAGAGGCGAAUAAAAGCGCGUCAUAUCACCUGGUACAUAACUGCGGUACACAUCAAAGAGGUGGUGUGACACGCUCUGAUUCGCCUCUGAACAACAUCUGUAUAUCCGCAUAAAAUAAUUUCACCUUUUGCAGGUAGAGCCGAGGAUCUUGUAGACCUUUGUGAUUAACAAAUGCCAAUAUGACCGUUAUCUUUUUAAGUUAGUACAUAAAUGUAGUUUAAUAUAUUGGCAUUGAUGUAAUUUGAACCUUAGAUUGACCAGUUCUUAUUUUGGCUCUCUUGGCCUCAUAUAAUUUAUAUCUGGAUGGGAUUGAAUCAGAAUUGCAACUCAAA